CGGGGCGGGACGGCGGGAGGGGCAGGCCCAGCGCCGGGGCCGGGGCCGUGCCCAUGGCGGGGGAGGCCCGGGCCGCGGCGGCUGAGGGGCGUCACGGGAGCCCCAAGCAGGAACAUCCCGCUCCGGCGGCGGGCGGAAAGUACAGAUAAAAAUGGAAAAAAGGCGUCUUUCCAGACUGACAGUGCUGCCUAAUGCCACAGCAGCCACGCAGAUGGAAGUGUUUCUGUUUGGUGUUGUCCUCUUCGGUGUGCCCAUGGGCAAUUUACUGCCCCUUCACUUGCCCAUCUAAAAUAUGCAGUUUCCUGCAUACUACAGCUGCUCAGCAUGUCUUGGCUGCUCCAGAUCUGCACACUCUGACCAUGAGCAGCAAUUCCUCCCUCAGCAAUGGGAAGGCCCUGAGGAACCUGACCACGGAGGAAGAUGGGGCAGUCAGAGUCACGGAGUCCAUUGCUAUAAUUGUCAUUGCCAUCUUCAUCUGUUUGGGCAACCUGGUGAUAGUUGUCACUCUGUAUCGCAAGUCCUACCUUCUCACCUUGAGCAACAAGUUUGUGUUCAGCCUGACCCUCUCCAACUUUCUGCUCUCCGUGCUGGUGCUGCCGUUUGUUGUCACCAGCUCCAUCCGGCGAGAAUGGAUCUUUGGGGUUGUUUGGUGCAAUUUCUCAGCCCUGCUCUACAUGCUGAUCAGCUCGGCCAGCAUGCUCACUCUGGGACUCAUAGCUAUAGACAGGUACUACGCUGUGCUGUACCCGAUGGUUUAUCCGAUGAAGAUAACGGGCAACAGAGCAGUGGUAGCUCUUGUGUACGUGUGGCUGCACUCCCUUAUCGGCUGCCUCCCUCCCCUUUUCGGCUGGUCCUCCUUGGAGUUUGACCAGUUCAAGUGGAUGUGUGUGGCAGCCUGGCACAAGGAGGCCGCCUACACGGCCUUCUGGCAGAUCUGGUGCGCGCUGCUGCCCUUCGUGGUCAUGAUGAUCUGCUAUGGAUUCAUAUUCCGCGUGGCAAGGAUUAAGGCCCGCAAAAUCCACUGUGGGAGUGUUGUCAUUGCGGAGGAGGACUCGCAGAGGAACGGGAGGAAGAACUCCAGCACCUCCACGUCCUCCUCUGGCAGCCGAAGGAACGCUUUCCAAGGGGUCGUUUACUCAGCCAACCAGUGCAAAGCCUUCAUAACCAUCUUGGUUGUCAUCGGGGCUUUCGUCAUUACGUGGGGACCUUACAUGGUGGUAAUAACAUCAGAGGCACUUUGGGGUAAAAACAGCAUUUCCCCUGCUUUGGAGACGCUGGCUACGUGGCUGUCCUUCUCCAGUGCCAUUUGCCAUCCCCUGAUUUACGGGCUGUGGAACAAGACGGUGCGCAAGGAGCUCCUGGGAAUGUGCUUUGGGGAUCGCUAUUACCGCAAGUCCUUUGUUCAGCGGCACAGGACGUCGAGGCUGUUCAGCAUUUCCAACAGGAUCACAGAUUUGGGACUUUCUCCUCACCUUACUGCCCUCAUGGCAGGUGGGAGGCCCCUGGGAAACAGCAGCAGCACAGGAGACACGGGUUUCAGCUGCUCACAGGAUUCAGGAACAGAUACAAUGCUUCUGGAAGAUUACAGCUCAGAUGGCCCUCAUGCCCCACACUGCAUCUGUCCCCCUCGAAGGAGGAGUUCAGUGACAUUUGAAGAUGAAGUGGAACAAAUUAAAGAAGCUGCAAAGAAUUCUGUUCUUCAUGUGAAAGCUGAAGUCCAUAAAUCUCUGGACAGUUACGCAGCCAGUCUGGCCCGAGCUAUAGAAGCUGAUGUGAAGCUCAGCCUGUUUGGGGAAGAUGCUUUACCAGGAGCCCUGUUCCCCUUGUGGACUCUGGCAGGAAGCAGUGGGAACACCCGGCGUGGUGCCAGGCCCCACGCCAGCCAAAGACUGAAGCUGCAGAGCAUCGAUGAAGGGAACGUUUGACACGAGCACUGGAGCAGGAAAACAGAAAAAACAGAAUGAAACCACUAAGCAGGGCCUACUGCAGCUGUACCACCAGCACCAGCACAACUUGACUGUUUCCAGCGUUUUUCCAGCUCCUGGAAACAGCCGGGUUCUGGUACUUCAGAACGCAUCAGCAUUUCACAGCAGUGUUUGUUUACUGGCUAGGGUGCUACUGACUCUUCUGCCACGUCAUUAUCACACAGUGCAUAGGAAUGCAGGGCUUGAUUUUAUUGACCAGAUCAUUAGUCAGUUCAAUCUUGGGUCCGUUACUGGCCAAAGCCGAUACAGGAACAAAGCAGAAAAGGUAUGUGCAGUGUUUAAUUCAUUGUUACAUCCAUCCUCUUCUGACCACCAAGAUAAAUCAGUUGAUACUUGAUAGCUGGAGUGCUCUGAUAGGAGCCUGUGCGUUGGAUAGUACAUAAAGCCUUCCUGUCUCAGAGUCCCAGCUGAGGAACGUGGACUGCACUAAGGGCAAAACCUGAACUUUUCUGAGAGCUCCUGCAGAUUAUGGUCCUUCUUACCUUUGCUAGGGGAUAUUUCAGCCAUCAGAAUGCCAGAUCUGACAACUGGACUGUGUUUUGCUUCAGCAGCAUGGGACACCAGCUCCUCUGGAUGUUAUGAAUGGGAGUAAAAAUGUGCUGGGAACAGCAGAGAGAUGGGAUUUGAGAAAAUCAUUAGAGCAGAAUUCUUUGUUUCUCUGAGAACUUCAGCUCAUGUCCCUGAUUUUGCUGGUAUUAAAAGGGCACUCUGAAGCUUGACAGAAUAUAAAUAUUACCACUUCAUAUUCAGGAUUCAUCUUCUAGAGAGAACAGUUAGCUGGUUUUUUUUUUUAAAUCGUGAGGGAAUGUAGUAUUUAAGCUGUAGUUACCUCAGUGCUUCUAUUUCUUGGAAUAUUAAUUCACUAAUCUCAAAAAUAAGAACAUUUGGCACUUACA